CGCGGUUCUGGCUCCGGAGGACCGGACGGCUCCACUGGCCGGCCGAGCCCCGGGCUGGCCGUAGAAGCAGUUUGGCCGGGGCUGGGUUUGAACCCGCCACCCUCGGCAUAUGGGGCCAGCGCCCUGCUCACUGAGCCACAGGCGCCGCCCGGACCUGUGUGUUUUCCACUCCUCACGCCACCUCCUGGGGAAUCCUGCCCAAGUUGUGACUUUCUGAAGGAGGAAGAGGGCCUGGACCCGGGAUGGCGCAUUCCACGACACAGCUCCUUAUCUUUUCCCUCUUGCAAGCUGCCCUCACCCUGAACCCUGAGGACCCCAAUGUGUGCAGCCACUGGGAGAGCUACGCUGUGACUGUCCAAGAAUCAUAUGCACACCCCUUCGAUCAGAUCUAUUACACGCGCUGCACAGACAUCCUGAACUGGUUCAAGUGUACCAGGCACCGGAUCAGUUAUAAGACAGCGUAUCGGCGAGGCCUCCGGACCAUGUACAGGCGGAGGUCCCAGUGCUGCCCUGGCUACUAUGAGAACGGAGACUUCUGCAUACCCCUGUGUACAGAGGAGUGCGUGCACGGACGCUGUGUUUCCCCGGAUACCUGCCACUGUGAGCCUGGCUGGGGAGGGCCCGACUGCUCCAGCGGCUGCGACAGCGACCACUGGGGCCCCCACUGCAGCAACCGGUGCCAGUGCCAGAACGGCGCCCUGUGCAACCCCAUCACCGGCGCCUGCGUGUGCGCCGCCGGCUUCCGUGGGUGGCGCUGCGAGGAGCUGUGCGCACCCGGCACCCACGGCAAGGGCUGCCAGCUGCAGUGCCAGUGCCGCCACGGCGCCAGCUGUGACCCCCGCACCGGCGAGUGCCUCUGCGCGCCUGGUUACACCGGGGUCUACUGCGAGGAGUUGUGCCCUCCAGGGAGUCACGGUGCUCACUGUGAGCUGCGCUGCCCCUGCCAGAAUGGGGGCACCUGCCACCACAUCACUGGCGAGUGUGCCUGCCCUCCAGGAUGGAUGGGAGCAGUGUGUGCCCAGCCCUGCCCACCAGGGAUGUUUGGCCAGAACUGCAGCCAGGACUGUCCUUGCCACCAUGGAGGGCAAUGUGACCAUGUGACUGGACAGUGCCACUGUACAGCUGGAUACAUGGGGGACAGGUGCCAAGAGGAGUGCCCCUUCGGGACCUUCGGCUUCCAGUGCUCACAGCGCUGUGACUGCCACAAUGGAGGUCAGUGUUUGCCCACCACGGGAGCCUGUGUGUGCGAGCCUGGCUACAAGGGUCCCCGCUGCCAGGAACGGCUAUGCCCUGAAGGCCUGCAUGGCCCAGGCUGCACCCUGUCCUGCCCCUGUGAUGCCGACAACACCAUCAGCUGCCACCCAGUAACUGGAGCUUGCACCUGCCAGCCAGGCUGGUCUGGCCACCACUGCAACGAAUCCUGCCCUGCUGGCUACUAUGGCGAUGGCUGCCAGCUGCCUUGCACCUGUCAGAACGGAGCUGACUGUCACAGCAUCACAGGGAGCUGCACAUGCGCCCCAGGCUUCAUGGGUGAGGUCUGUGCAGUGCCUUGUGCGGCGGGAACCUAUGGCCCCAACUGCUCAUCUGUCUGUAGCUGUAACAAUGGUGGCACUUGCUCCCCAGUAGAUGGGUCCUGCACCUGCAAGGAAGGGUGGCAGGGCCUGGACUGCACUCUGCCAUGUCCCAGCGGGACGUGGGGCCUGAACUGCCAGGAGAGCUGCGCCUGUGCCAACGGGGCAGCCUGCAGCCCCGCAGAUGGCAUCUGCUCCUGCACCCCAGGCUGGCUGGGGGACACCUGUGAACUGCCCUGCCCGGAUGGCACAUUUGGGCUGAACUGCAGUGAACACUGUGACUGCAGCCAUGCAGAUGGCUGCGAUCCCAUCACAGGCCACUGCUGCUGCCUGGCCGGAUGGACAGGCAUCCGCUGUGAUAGCACAUGUCCGCCUGGUCGCUGGGGUCCCAACUGCUCCGUUUCCUGCAGCUGUGAGAAUGGGGGCUCUUGUUCUCCAGAGGAUGGGAGCUGCGAGUGUGCCCCAGGCUUCCGAGGACCCUUAUGCCAGAGAAUCUGCCCCCCUGGGCUCUAUGGCUACAGCUGCACCCAGCCGUGCCCCCUCUGUGUGCACAGCAGUGGGCCCUGCCACCAUGUCAGCGGCAUCUGUGAGUGUCUCCCAGGAUUCUCUGGAGCCCUUUGUAACCAAGUGUGUGCUGGAGGCCACUUUGGGCAGGACUGCGCCCAGCUCUGUUCCUGUGCCAACAACGGGACCUGUAGCCCCAUCGAUGGCUCCUGCCAGUGCCUCCCCGGAUGGAUCGGCAAGGACUGCUCACAGGCUUGCCCGCCAGGGUUCUGGGGCCCUGCCUGCUUUCACACAUGUAGCUGCCACAACGGGGCUAGCUGCAGCACCGAGGAUGGGGCCUGCCGCUGCACCCCUGGCUGGACUGGACUCUUCUGCACACAGCGCUGCCCAGCAGCGUUUUUUGGGAAGGACUGUGGGCGCGUAUGCCAGUGUCAGAACGGCGCCAGCUGUGACCACAUCAGCGGCAAGUGCACCUGCCGCACGGGCUUCACCGGGCAGCACUGUGAACAGAGAUGUGCCCCAGGAACCUUUGGCUAUGGGUGUCAGCAGCUGUGUGAGUGCAUGAACAAUUCUACCUGUGACCACGUCACUGGCACCUGUUAUUGCAGCCCUGGAUUCAAAGGAAUCAGGUGUGACCAAGCUGCCCUCAUGAUGGAGGAGUUGAAUCCCUAUACCAAGAUCAGCCCAGCUCUGGGUGCAGAGCGGCACUCAGUGGGUGCUGUCACAGGCAUCAUCCUCCUGUUGUUCCUCAUUGUGGUACUGCUGGGCCUGUUUGCCUGGCGACGGCGGAGGCAGAAAGAAAAGGGCCGCGACUUGGCUCCCCGAGUGUCCUACACACCUGCCAUGAGGAUGACCAGCACAGACUACUCCCUCUCCGAUUUGUCUCAAAGUAGCAGCCAUGCCCAGUGCUUUUCCAAUUCCAGCUACCAUGCACUGGCGUGCGGGGGGCCUGCCACCAGCCAGGCCAGCACUCUGGACAGGAACAGCCCCACCAAGCUCAGUAACAAGUCCCUUGACAGAGACACAGCAGGCUGGACCCCCUACAGCUAUGUGAACGUGUUAGACUCCCAUUUCCAGAUCAGUGCCCUGGAAGCCAGGUACCCGCCCGAGGACUUCUACAUUGAACUUAGACACCUCAACCACCCCGCUGAGCCACACUCACCAGGAGCUUGUGGAAUGGAUAGACGUCAGAACACAUACAUUAUGGACAAAGGGUUCAAAGAUUACAUGAAAGAAUCCGUGUGCAGUUCCAGUACUUGUUCCUUGAAUAGCAGCGAAAACCCUUACGCCACAAUUAAGGACCCACCCAUCCUCACCUGCAAGCUUCCAGAGAGCAGCUAUGUAGAAAUGAAGUCGCCUGUGCACAAGGGGUCUCCAUACACAGAUAUGCCAUCCUUGUCGACAUGUAAUAAAAAUAUAUAUGAAGUUGGUAGGUGUCUCAAAUAACUUAGUGAAAUCAGGGCAACAGUGCAGCAUCUGAAGUAAAAACAAGCUCUCUCCAUUCACCCUGUCUUGACGAUACACACUUUUGUGCUUUUUAAGGAAACCAAGGUGAACUGCCUUUCCUACGACUGCCCUCCUCUCUAAGCAAGAAGUCAAAUUCUGUGUCAACUCUGCUUUAAAAAACCCAGGACUCAUAUGAAUCAGAAAUACUAGGGGUGGGGAAUGGGUACACACACACACACACACACACCCACUUCAAGUGACUGUUGAUACAAAUCUCAGUUUUUAAAAAGUAAUCAGAACUGACAUUUACAGGUUUCUAAAUCACUUUCUUCUACCUUUCCCAGUUUAACCUAUGUCCCUCAUCGAUAAGAGCCCUACCUUUAGGAUAUAAAUCUCUUGGUGUUGACCAGAGGUUGGGAUGUUGACAGCAUAAAUGCCUGCCUAGCACUUCUCCCCAAGUUAAAUAGAUCUCUCUUCCCUUCCAAGAAGGCAACCAAAGCUAAUCUGUUCUCUGAAUUCAUUUUUCACUAUAUUCCUUAGAGCCCACAGUCAGUAUGGUCCACGAAGGCCGCGGUCAUAACUCCAGCUAUAUCCAGAAUCCAUACGACCUACCUAGGAACAGCCAUAUUCCUGGUCACUAUGACCUCCUCCCAGUAAGACAGAGCCCUGCCAAUGGACCCUCCCAGGACAAGCAGUCUUAAGAGGGAUAAGCUUCUCUCUGUCACAGCAUGCUCUGCUGAACAUUCUCUGACUUUCUGAAAGAAGACAAUCCCUUGACUUGAAAUAAUGGUACAGACUGACUCCAGCUGCAUGUUAGUUAUUACAUUCUCCUGGAACUAAAGAAGAGUUUCCAAGUGGGACUGGGGUAAUUGUUCAAGGAAUUCUGUUCACAAAGUGAAUCCUAUCACCUAUACCCCCCCCAAAUACCCUGGAUUACAUGAUUUUUAAAAACAUUUUAAGAUAAAGCUACUCAUCAACAUCAGCUAAAUACAGCAUAUGUUGUGUGUGUGUGUGUGUGUAUAUAUAUUUAUUUAUCUGAAGUACAAUGCUUAAAAAGCAUGUAGGUGUUACAAACCCGGGAGGGGAGAGGAUGACUUUGAAGCACCUGAAAUGUAUUACGUGCUUUUGGUUGCUGUACCAUCAACUGUUUCUAUUACUGAAGAUAAUUAGUACAUAGACAUGAACUGUUUUAGUAUCAAUCCUGCAGUACCUGUACAAUAUGUCGGGUCCAUCAAAUUACAACAGCCAAGUUUACAGAGUUUAGUAUGUAAACUGACAACUUCCAUUUUUGAAAAUAAGACUUUAAUAAAUAACAGAUUAACUUUCUCUCUUUUGCCCCAUAAGUAACAGUAGAUUGGGGUGGAAGGGUGGGGACAUUUCUGAAGCACAGCAGUCUCUUUCAGUCUAUGAUAGUAAUUUGUAGGGCAGCUUUAGAAAACUUUACCAACUUAAAGUUUAAGAACAUUGGGAGUCAGUCCUGGCCUUGUCAGAUCUCUUUAGUCCAUCCAACACCUGAGUUUAUUCCAUGUGAAAUGGGGCUCUAAGAUGAUGUUUUAAGUAAGCAGCCAUAGAGUGGUUAAGAAGUGUCCCUAAAAAUAGCUAUAUGGCCUCCCCAAUUUUUGUUGGUUGGUAUCCCUUGACUCAGAAGAAUACUUGCAUUCAAGCAUUUCUUCAUAAAUCUUGACCUUGAUGUAGUAUGGAACCUAAAAGUGUAGAAGAAAUUAGACAAUUGUGGAUAUAGCAAGUUUAUGCUACUUAAAGUGCAUUAUGCUUUUUGAUGGAACGCUUUUUAAAUGAAAUGAUCAAAGAAAGAAUGGACUGUAACCAGCUGCUGUAACAUGAUGUAAAACUUUAUCGUAAACAGCAUGAGGAUGUGAAGUGCUUCUGCUGUAGAACUUAAAACCACCACUAAGAUGAUCAGACACAUAUUACGAUGAGCUAAUGCUCCAGACUCCACUACUGAUGAACACAGGUAAACUGAGGCUCAGACAAGUCAAAAUGCAGCCACCUCCCAAGCCCUACAGAGGACCUCCUCAAAGAACUUAAAAAUAAAAAGGGCAAACCUAGAAUCUAAUGGCCACUCCUGUGCCACUCCAUUCUCUACUACCGUCUAGCCAGUAAAAAACACGUCCAUAAAGGUACACAGACGAGGACCUCAGUAACUGCAAAGCUGGAAUACUGCUGCAGGAAGUGUGAGAGUCUGAAACCCUUAAUACAAAUUGGAAGUCUGCCACAAAACCCAUUAGUUUGGACAAUAACCAGAAAAAGAAAGAAAAUAAAUAAACAAAUAAUUCCCCUUCCCCCAUUCCACUCAAGGUAUAAGCAAAUUUUAUUGUUAAGAGAAAAAUAUAUAAUAUUUACAUGCAUGCUGCAUGUGUGCAUGGGAGCAAGUGACCAGCAACAAUAAAUUUCCUUUCCAAAAAAGCCUUAUUAAGAUAUAAAUACUAGAAAGUUACUUUGUAAACCCAAGUAAAUAUUUCUCAUUCAUAUGUAGAAGGAAAUAUAGGUGAGAGACUUACCUUGGUAUUUCAGGGCAGCAAGUGCCCGAUUAUCUUUGUGAAGCAAGGAUGAAGAAGCAUGAGAAGUCAGAUCAGCAAGGAGAAACUCCAUCUCAAACUCAGGUUUUUAUCUUCUUCCCUUAUCCUGCAUGUACAAUAACUGCUACCUGGCAAACUGCAAACAAGCAGCAUCACUCAAGUUUCACCUCUGUUUUGCUAACUAUCCUCUGGCCAAAGGUGUUCAGCAAGAGGUAGAAUGGCUAGAGCAUGGAGUCAAGAGAUUACAGUGUUACUCUGGUCAAGUCAAUUGCCCUUUCUGGACUCCUUUUUCCCUCCCAUGCACAAAAGAGAAGAAAAGCAGAGUGAGAAGGGAACUCUAACAACCCUUCAGCUCUCACAUCCUAACCAGGGGUCCUCAAACUUUUUAAACAGGGAGCCAGUUCACUGUCCCUCAGACCGUUGGAGGGCCGGACUAUAGUUUAAAAAAAAAAAAGACUAUGAACAAAUUCCUAUGCACACUGCACAUAUCUUAUUUUGAAGUAAAAAAAAACAAAUAGGAACAAAUACAAUCACACAGCCUCAUGUGGCCCAAUGGGCCACAGUUUGAGGACUCCUGCUAGACUUUUAGAAGAAAUCUAAUACCUCCCAAAUCAGGCAAUACAGAUCAGAAGGGAAAAGUAGAGGGUGUGAUUAAUCUACAGUAACAAUACCUGCCUUCACAUAUCUAAGAGUUGCCAGUAAAAGACAUUUCAAUCCUAUAAAGCAAAGCAACUGUUAGAAACGUCUGCCUAACGCGGUCACAAACAGGCUCGUGGUCGGCCUAAACUUGCGCACUGUGCAUUUUAUUGAUGACUUAGAAACAUCUGUUCAAUUAUUUUUCAAAAACUAAAUUUUUCAAUCAAAUAAAGUGAUAUGCAUACAAUUCAAAUGAAUAAAAGAAACACAAUUAUCAUACAAUAGCAUAAACGACACUGAAAUGGCAAUACUUUUUUAAACCACAGAUUUGUAAUAUAUUUGUUCACUGUGCAGAGGGAUAACUUGUACAAAAUAAAUUUCUCAAACUAAUUUAACAAGAAUGCCUACUGUUGUAUUGCCAAUAUACCUUAGGUUAAGGGCUAAGGUAGGGCUAAGAACUAACCUACAUCUUGUAUGGGCACUUUAAGCACCUGGAAGAGUUAAAAUUAUUCCAAAGAUGCUUGAAAAUAAAGUGGAAAAAAAUCGUAUCAAAAUUUUAUCUUAUUUUAUUUAUUUUUAUUUUUAUUUUUAUUUUUUGAAACAGCGCCUCAAGCUGUCGCCCUGGGUAGAGUGCCACAGCUCACAGCAACCUCCAACUCCCGGGCUUAAGCAAUUCUCUUGCCUCAGCCUCCCAAGUAGCUGGGACUACAGGCGCCCACCACAAUGCCCAGCUAUUUUUUGGUUGUAAUUGUCAUUGUUGUUUGGCCGGCCUGGGCUGGAUUCAAACUCACCAGCUCUGGUGU